AGAAAAAACGGAGACUUCUCCUGAUACUGUACAUACGAGGCAUAGGUCGUUGCAGUUGUGGGUUAGAGAAAGAGAGGAGAGAGAUGGCUCUCUCCCUCUGCUAACCAUAAUUUGUUUCUGCUCUAUGCCUUCUCUCUGUUUCGUCAAUUCCAAAUUUCAGACAUGGAUGCUAAUUCAGCUGGAAAUGAGUCCUUGGUGGCUCGCAUCCAACAACUGGAACAUGAGCGUGAUGAGUUGCAUAAAGAUAUAGAGCAAUUGUGCACGCAGCAAGCUGGACCUAGCUACCUUGCUGUAGCUACAAAAAUGCAUUUUCAAAGGACAGCUGGCUUGGAGCAGGAGAUUGAGAACUUGAAAAAGAAGUUGGCUGCUUGCACAAGAGAUAAUCUAAAUCUUCAAGAGGAGCUUUCAGAGGCUUACCGAAUCAAAAGCCAACUGGCAGAUCUACAUAAUGGAGAGGUGGCAAAGAAUAUGGAGGCAGAGAAGCAGGUUAAAUUUUUUCAAGGCUGUGUAGCUUCUGCUUUUGCUGAACGCGAUCAUGCAAUAAUGGAGGCUGAAAAGGCUAAAGAGAAAGAGGAGCUGAUGUCCCAAAAAUUUAAUGACAUUCAGAAGAGGUUAGAAGAGCUUGUCUCAGAUUGUCUUGAACAAAACAGACUAAAUAAUGCACUAGUGAUAGAUCAAGCAAAGCAUGAAGAGCAGAAUGAAACCUUCAAGAAGGUUGUCAACAAGUUUUAUAAGAUCAGGCUUCCUUCUCUUGAAGGAUUUGAAGAUGCGAGUUGGGAUGAUAAAUGUGCAUGGCUGUUACAUGACUCAACUGAAAUGUGGAGUUAUAAUGAUAACUCUACCUCUAAAUACAUUAGUGCAUUAGAAGAAGAGCUGGAGAAAAUGAGGAAAUCUGUAGAUAAUUUUCAAAGUAAACUACGAGUGGGUUUGGAAAUAGAAAAUCACUUGAAGAAGAAAGUUCGUGAACUGGAAAAGAAGCAGAUCCAUUUGGGCAAAAUGAUAAUGAAUGGUAUAGGAGAAUUACGCCAUCACCAUUCGGUGGACACAGUUUACAUCAUGAAUUUACUGGAUGAGGGGAGAUUGCAUAUCCAAUCAACUAUUAAUGUGCUAGAAGAAAAGAUUGGACAAAUUGAUGUGAGAGAACAGAAUUUGGGGCUUUCUCACAGAGUCAUAAACCUGGAUAUAAAUGAAUGUCAAGAUGUACACAUAACUAAUGAUAAUGACCCAGAUUUGGUAUUGAAGGAAAUUAAGGAUGGCUCACUGGAUACUGUGGCUUUGAAAGAAGGCAAUACCUCUGAGGCCCUUGCACAGGCAUUGCAAGAGAAGGUUGCGGCAUUGUUGCUUUUAUCGCAGCAGGAAGAAAGACAUUUACUGGAGAGAAAUGUGAAUGCAGCUCUUCAGAAAAAAAUAGAGGAGCUUCAGAGAAACUUACUGCAAGUUACCAAUGAAAAGGUUAAAGUUCUUAUGGAGUUGGCGCGGUUAAAGCAGGAAUAUCAACAAUUACAAGAGGAAAUAGGUCAUGGGAUACAAGAAAGAAAUUCAUUGACGGACAGUGGGGAGAAAAGGCUUUUUACUCAUGAAAGAGAUGGGAGGUUAAGAAACCUGCUGAAAAAGACAUAUCUGAGACGUUGGAUUGGUACAAUGGAUUUCAGUGGAAACGAAGAGGAAGCUUGCCUGAAUAUUGAAGGAAAUUUCGCCAACAGAAGGUCCAGUAGCUUAGAUUUUACCAGGAUGAAGAUUGAAAAUGCCACCCUCAAGGAGAGCAUGGAUAGUAUGGAGCAUCUGACUUCUUCAAUUCAUAGACUUCGUCUUGCACUUGCAAAGGUCAAAGAGUCGGUUGCUUGUGAAGGUACUGUCAUUGGCAUGUCAGACGCUCUUGGCGAUAUCAUUUAUGAGGCUAAACUUUUGAAGACUGCCCUUGGUAGUUCUUUACCCAUUAGUUGGUCAGCUGAGGCAGUUGAUACAUCAGUUGGUGAAAGUGCCCACGAGCCAAGUGAUUUUCAUGGGGACUCCAGCAGUGAGAAGAUGGAUUCUGUGUCAGCUGCAGGAUUUGAGAUGGUGGAGCUCUUGAUACUUGCAGCUCAGAUAAUAAAAGACAAUUCAACCAAAAAGGAUUUUGUAGAUUGAAACUAAUCUUUUCUGUCUGUUUAGUCUUGGUUCCAUUUGGUACGUCUGAUGCCAGGACUGAGGACAUGUUAAAUUGGCCAAAGCAAGGUGAACAUAUGGAAAAUUUCUUUUGAAGGAAGCAAAGAAAACUUACGCAGUAUGAAGGAAGACUAUCUAAGUUGUUGUGCGUUAUAUUGUAUACAAAUUGAAAUACAGUAUCUUGUGAUUAUACAUUAUAAAAAUCCUGUUGUAAUUCUUCUUCUUCUUCUUCUUGGGUGGGGAGGAGUUCAUUUCUGUGUAUACAAAUAUGGUUAAGACGCUUGCAUAAUGUACGGUGAUACUUAUGAGAUUUUUGGCACAGAAAUUGCAUGAAUUCUAUACGCUAA